UAAAAACUGAUCAUAACCAGAAUAAAGACUCAUUGAUAUUCGGAGGCUCACCAGUUUUAUUGUAAGAUGAAAAGAGAUUCCAACUACUCACAGUGAUCGGUAAAUUUUUAAGAUAUUUUUUGAGAAAAUGGAGAGAACCCUUUUUCUGAGGAAAUUCACAGACUUGGUCCGCUGUGACCGACCAUACAACUCACUACCAUGUCUAUUGAUAAUUAUUAUUGGUUUAAUAGGAGCUUUGAACAGCCUUAUGGUCAUUCUCAUGGAACAGCAAAGCUUUGAGAAACGUGUUUUGGGAGUAAAAGAGUUUGUGACUACAAUACUGUUAAUCUCGAACAGUUUGGAGCGCGCCUUGAAACCACACAAAAACACCAGAUUGGUGGAGUUGAUAGAGAACGAAUUCCUCGUGAAUGGUAUUGAAUUCACCCGGAGACACGAGAAAUGGAGACAGUUUGAAACUUACUACAACGAGACGAAACUCGAAAUGGAAAAGACGUCUCACAAUAUUUUCUCCGUUUUUGUUGUGAUGUUUUUCGGAUUCAUCAACAGAAACAUGUUCAACGAGCUUUUAAGGGACUCAAUGGGACUCAAAAGGAAUUCAGUAGAUUUCCCUGUACCCUAUGUAUAUUGGAGUCCUGAUAGUUUAAACACAUUUGCCUUUUUUGUAUACAUCUACAUUUUCCAAAGUCUGAUGAUCAUGAUUUUCGCCAUUGAAGCCUACUGCAUACAGAUUUCAGUAAGUCUCUCCACUGAAAGACUUCUUGCCGAUUUCGGAACUAUCUAUAUUCUGAUUGAUGAUCUCGCCAAAGACUUUCCAGAAUUUGGGACCACAGAUGGGAUGAAUCGUGGAUCACAUCAGCACGUUGAUGCAAAUAACGAUUUUCGACCUCGAAGAGAGAUGGCUCAUGAGAGUUUGAAGAGAGAUAUGUUUCGUAUAGUAAGAUGUCAUCAGCGUUUGAUAAGGAAUUUCAAGGACUGCGAAACAAAUGCAGGAUAUGUACUCAUUGUCAUCAGUUUAGUGAUUUUCAUUGACACCUGUGUGGACUUCUAUAUUAUUCUGAAGGCAGAUAAUCUUAUGACAUCGAUAAAUUAUGCCUUGUCUAGUAUCCUGAUCAACUUAGCUGUACUCUUCCCCUACCAUACUGGCCAGCGUAUUGCCAACCAGAAUGACAUUUUACGCCAAUCGCUGACAAAUCUUCCGUGGAUUGACAAGCCCGCAUGGUUUAAGAAGACAUUGCACAUUAUGAUGAUACGAGCCAACGUAGACAUUGUCAUGAAACCUUUCGGAAUUCAUUAUCUAAAUCACAUGUCAUUCAAAAAUAUGACAAAAGCUGCUUUCUCAUUUGGAAACUUCCUUUACAGCACCAAAUUGAAAGGUCAAACACAAUAAACUAUACUAUAGGAAGUUCAGGAUGAAAUAUAAUCCCUGUAAGUUGAAGAGUGUCAACAAAUUAUUCUUACAGACGAUGAUGA